GUUUCGGACAAUUUUUGAUCUCUCAGGCCAUCGUGCGUAUACUUCUCUAUUACGAUGCCAACCCAAAUGUACUGAAUUGUCAUGGAGAGACCCCAUUGCACAUGGCUGUGUCCAAGUCGGAUGUGGAGGUCAUUCAAAUGAUCACCGAACACCCUUCAACCGAUAUAGGAAUACCUAUAAACAACCAGCUUGGGGAUAUGCCUUUGCAUCACGCAAUUCGCACCAGUCUAUGCGGGUGCGCGUCUAUUGCCUACGAUCUAUACGAGUGCCCUCGUGUGACUGUCGUCAAAGCUCUGCUCAGAGCCGGUGUGAGUGUGGAUCAGCGGAAUCGGGAUGGAGACACGGCUUUGCACCUCGCAGUCGACACACCCUGGCAGUGUAGGAAUAGCAUCAUAACCCUCCUUUGUGCCGGUGCUCGCCCCGAUAUCUUGGAUAGGCUCGGCGAGCCUCCAUACGGCAUGGCGCUGAGACAUCAAACGACAGACGUUGUGAGGAUGCUGUUGACAGCCCUCUCCAACAGGGUUUUUGGCAUGUGUACGCGCGAAGUAGAGCUGCUACGUGAAGUAGAGGAGCUAGAUGAUUGACGAGCCUGGCUCACUUUGCGGUUCGUGGGUUGCGCAGUUGCAGCCCCUCUAACGUGGGUAGCGUUGGAUAUGUGGUUGUUUCUCUGGGGUUUCCGUGUAUCUGGUUCUUUGAUUGACUGAUAAUUACUGACUGG